AUGGCUUCCAAUUACUGUUUCAAGAUUAAGCAAGAACAAGAUAGUACAUUAGAACAACUCUGUUCUUGGAUCCCACAUCAUGUUUUCAUCAUAGGAUUGGCGUUUCAAUACGUUUCACCUCAAGGAACAACCUUGGAAUCCUUUCAUCGAUCACUCAUAUGUCGUCGAGACUGGUUCUUAUCACAAGAGUACGGCCCAAAGGUGGUGUCUCUAAUGUUGGCCAGCACGGGUGCAUCGCCAGACUUCCAUCGAACUGCCAUUGAUGAUAUCUUGUCUUUUGCAUGGGAGAUUAACACCGACCCUUUUAACCUCCGACGCCAAACGAUAACUUUGCUUGUCGAACUACUGGUUCAGGCCACCGAUGAUGAUGGUUCAUUAGCGGCGUUGAAUUUCAAGCCGGCGAGUAGAUCAUUUGUUCAGUCCUUGAAAAGGGUGAAAUUGGGGGAGGAUGAAGCUUUCUUGCCGUUGAAGAAAAGGGGGAGAAUUGAGGGAUUGAGUUCAAGGAAACAAUGGGAAUGUAGUAUCUGUUUGGAUGAGGUUCUGGAAGCUGAAGAAGUGGCGUCGAUGCCUUGCGGACAUGUAUAUCACAGCCACUGCAUCGUUAGGUGGCUGGAGACGAGUCAUUUGUGCCCAUUGUGCCGCCACCAGAUGCCAUGUUAG